CUGGAAGCAAAGGAAAUCACUUCCGGGUCAGAAAAGUCCUGCUCGGCACGUGAAUGAAUCAAAUGUGCAAAAGGGAUUCUGAAGAAGUGCUCUUUAUUUCCGAAUGGAUUUUACCUAGACCCAAGCUGACUGUUGUCAUUGAUCAGGUGAGGCGACUUGCCCUGCAAAGAGACAUUGAUCAGGAAUCUCUCCCGAAGCAGCUCUCAGAGUCUAAUGACAGGUCUGCUCUUGUGAAAGGAUGUGAGGAGAAGAUGAAAAUUAAAACAGAGGAUGUGAUAGAUGAGAAUGUUGAAAAGUAUUCCAAGAAGAAACAAACUUCACCUCAAAAAAUGAACGUUUCCACAGUUGAUGAGACAGCCCAGUGUGUGGACAUGAAAAAGAAACCAUUUCAAAAAUAUGACUCGGUAGUUACAGUCCAGGGGCCUUUAGAAGUAGGCGGUGAGGAAAAACCGAAAAAGAAGACGGAAGUGGUGAAUGGUUGUAAUAUAAUAGAUGGGAAUUGUAAUGAAACAAACAUAAAGAAAACACAGACCGACAUUCAAAAAGGAACCAAGAAAACAAGUAAUGACGAAAAGCCCAAAAAUAAAACCCUGACUAAUCGUGAAAAUCAUCAAGAUGACGAGAAAGUGGCAGAGCAACCUAAAAAACUGAAAAGUGAAAUUCAUGAUGAAAAAGUGGCAAAGAAAGCCAAGAAAGAAAAAAAUAAGGUUAAUGAUGAGAAAGUGGCGAAGAAAGCAAAAAAAGAAAAAAAGAAAAUUCUUGACAAAAAAGUGUCAAAGAAAGCCAUGAAAGAAAAAAAUGAGGUUCAUGACAAGAAAAUGUCAAAGAAAGCCAGUAAAGAAAAAAAUAAAAUUCUUGACAAAAAAGCCAUGAAAGAAAAAAAAAAAGUUCAUGACGAGAAAGUGUCAAAGAAAGGCAGUAAAGAAAAAAAUGAGGUUCAUGACGAGAAAGUGUCAAAGAAAGGCAGGAAAGAAAAAAAGAAAAUUCUUGGCAAAAAAGUGUCAAAGAAAGCCAUGAAUGAAACAAUUGAGGUUCAUGACAAGAAAGUGUCAAAGAAACCCAAGAAAGAAAAAAAUGAGGUUCAUGACAAGAAAGUGUCAAAGAAACCCAAGAAAGAAAAAAAUGAGGUUCAUGAUGAGAAAGUGUCAAAGAAAGCCAGCAAAGAAAAAAAUGAGGUUCAGGACGAGAACGUGGUAAAGAAACCCAAGAAAGAAAAAAAUGAGGUCCAUGAUGAGAACGUGGCAAAUAAACCCAAGAAAGAAAAUAAUGAGCUUUGUAAUGAGAAAGUGGCAAAGAAACGGAAGAAAGAAAAAAAUGAGGUUAAUGACGACAACGUGGCAAAAAAACCCAAGAAAGACAAAAAUGAGGUUCAUGACGAGAAAAUGGCAAAGAAACCCAAGAAAGACAAAAAGAAAAACCGCAAGGACAAAAGUGAGUGUAAGGAGAAAAAAGUGAAAGAUACGGCGACACAAAUUGAACAUGAAGAGGUUUGGAUGGGGGGAAAAGAAAAGAAGGUACUGAAGAAGCCCAAGCAAGAACCAAAUGAGAUGUCAGUCGUGAGUGCAGGGGAUAUUAAACACAAGGCAAAGACGAAAAAGAAUGUAGCAGAACAGACUGAAAUAAGUAUUAAGAAGAAAACCGCUAAAUUAAAAUUAUCAGAGAGUGAAGUGGCCACAGAAACGUCAGAGGGGCUUUGUGAGCUUAAGCCAAAGAAGAAAAAAAAGAAGGAUUCUUCACCAGAUAAAGAACAACCUGUGGAUUCCAGUAAAGCGGCAGCACGGAAGCAAAAAAAAGCCGCAAAGAGUGACGUAGAGGAAGGUGAGACAAAACAAAAAGGAAAAAAAGAAAAGCCCAAGAAGAGAAAACCGUCUGGGCUCGGCACAGAUGGAGAAACUGCAUCUGUGAAGAAGAAAAAACAAAAAAUAGAAGAGCCUAAUUGCGAAGAAACGCAACACCAGGAACCAAACAAGAAAAGAAAAAAGAAAAGUCCUGUUAAGAAAGUGCUUGAGGGAGUGUGUCCUGACUCCUGCAUAAAGAAGGGAGAGAUUCAAAGGAAACCGAAGAAGGUGGAGGAAAUUAAAGUCGAAUCGGACCAUCAAUGGGAUGAUUUGAGGAGAGUUCCCCAAGUAGACGUCGUCUUCUUGUCAGAGAAGACCGGAAACACUGACGAGUUGACCAUCAACCAGGAAAGGCGACAGGCUUUACAAAUGGAGGUCGACAAGGCUUCGCACCCUCAAAAAGCGGACCAAGCUUCAGGGUUUGGUCAGUGGAGCACCGCCCAGUUUGAAAACUGUCAACAGCAACAGAGGUUUCUCAGGUUGAUGGGUGGCUUCAAGAACUUCCAGCCAGCUGCUGUUGCAAGCACGCCAAAGCCAAAUAUGGCGCUGGACAAAGUCGCACAGGAGCGCUUGCAGCAAGGACUCUGGAGCGAGUUUGAGCGCGCUCACUCACGCAGAAUAGACUUUAACAACCAAGGUGCAGGACUUGGCUUUAGCAAAUCUCCCCAAAAACAGUUCUUUAUUGACAUCAACGCAUGUCAUUCUGUCCGCUUUGAUGAUUGAGCUUUGUAGAUCGUUUAAAGGUGGAGUUUGCAGUUUUCAAGCUAGCAAGGUUUGAAUGUUUUGGCAGCGGGCUUCAUUUUAACUUUUUUUUAACAUUAUUUUCUGGAUUACCCAUUUAACUAAUCCGCCCAUGCAAAUUAUGAGCAUAGCUCGGGCACACCUUCUUGUCACCUUUUGAGUUUCUGGUAGGCUAUUCUUGUCAUGGUGGGACAAGGUUUAAAGUGACACGUUCAACAGUAAAUUUUAACUCGAGAUGGUUUUGUGGUUAUAACACUGAUUUAAAAACAUGCUUUUUUUCCUCUAGCACAUGAGGGUUUUUUUCCUUCCAAGUAUAAAUCUAAAAUCUAAGAUCACAAUCUAAAUUUGAUCAUGCAUUGUAAUUUCAAGCUAAGACCUUUAAGAAAAAAUACCUUUAAUUCAUCUUCAAUCUAUUGUUAUUAUGAAAAUGUGCCAGAGAAGAAACUAGGGGAUAUUCUGAAUCAGCCGGAAAAAAAAUCAUCUGAAAAUGCAUGCACCAUUGAUUAGAAGAAACAUUGACCAGUGUAGUUCUUAAAAUACAAUUAUAGGUGGAAAAUGGGACGAGGUAUGAUUUUUUUUUUUAAAGAUCAUUGUGAUUUUCUACUGUCACUGUCAUUUUAUAUAUAGUUUUAAGAUAUGGCUUCUUUUUUUUUAAAAACUACAAACUCCAGCUUUAGUAUUGUUUUAACUUAACACUGUUUCCAUUGCAUCAAGCUCUUUACUUUAGGAAUCCCUGUAAAUAAAGAAAUGUUACACAGCU